AUGCGAAACCUAAGGAAUUCAAGGCAUACUGUCGUAGAGUUUCCCACCGACUCUCUGCCGCCCACAGCGACCACCUGGGAUCCUGCUACCGAUGGUCUCAUCGCCGCCUUUGGUCCAUCAUCUUCCAGCCCUGUCAUCGAACUCAGACGCCUAGCCAAGGACUGCUUCUCUGGUCACGAUGCAAAGCAGAUUGCUUCAUGGGACGCUCCCAGCCCUUUGCCAGAUCUUCCCGUGGACCGUAUAUUAUCGCUACAAUAUUUUGCCGACACUGCGACUAUAUGCUUGAUCUUGGCUGGUGGCGACAUUGUAAUUGUCAGAGAGGAGCCUUUGCCUGGAGAGGAUCUUAUCGAAAUCGUUGGCGGUGUUGAUGAAGGUAUCGCCGCAGCUGCAUGGUCGCCCGACGAGGAGCUGCUCGCCAUCAGCACUCGUGCAAAUACCUUGAUUCUGAUGACCCGUGAUUUUGAGAGUAUCGCCAACAUCACUCUAUCUCCCGAAGAUGUCAAAGUCUCUGCACAUGUCAAUGUCGGAUGGGGAAAACGCGAGACACAGUUCCAAGGUAAGAGAGCAAAAGCUCUCAAGGAUCCAACAGUACCAGAGCACGUUGAUGAAGGCCAACUGAGCUCUCUGGAUCAAAUGCAGACUACUAUCAGCUGGCGUGGUGAUGGUGCUUAUCUGGCCGUAAACUCUAUUCAGGAUGAGAAACGACGAAUGAUCAGAGUCUACUCUCGAGAAGGUGUACUUGAGAGCGUGGGCGAGCCCGUAGAUGGACUUGAGGGUGCUUUGAGCUGGAGACCUGCAGGAAAUCUCAUGGCUGGUGUUCAGCGUCGAUCCGACCGAAUUGAUGUAGUCUUCUUCGAAAGAAACGGCCUGCGUCACGGUCAAUUCUCUCUACGCCUCUCAGCAGAAGAUAUGGAGAGUUGGGCGAGUGCCAUUACACUUGCGUGGAAUAGUGACUCUACGGUUCUUGCUGUUUCCUUCAAGGAUAGAGUACAGCUAUGGACCAUGGGCAAUUACCACUACUACCUCAAGCAGGAGAUCUUCACAAACGCUGCGUCAGAUUCAAAAUCUCUCCCAGUCCGCACAGCUUGGCACCCCGAAAAGGCACUCAACCUCUCGACAUCUUCCGAUCAGUCUCUACAGAUGCUCUCAUAUGUAUUCGCAGUUUCUAAAAGCUCGGCGACACCACCUAACGACCUUGGCCUAACCUCUGUAAUCGACGGCCGUAACCUCAAGAUCACGCCGCUUAGGGUAGCCAAUGUUCCCCCACCUAUGGCUUUUACAGAGCUGGAAAUCUGCGCAAAUGCGAUUGAUGUUGCCGUGAACCAUUCGGCAACUAAUAUUGCGAUUCUGCACCAGCAAGGUGUUUCGUUAUACGAGCUCAACUACAGCGUCAGACCGUUCCAACAUCCCAAACUUCUUCGUGAAGUUCCGAUGACCGAGCAAAUCCCGCGGCAGGUUGCAUUUUCGGGAGAUGACGGAAUUACAGUGCUAUGCGGUGAGCCCAACAGUCAAGCUGAUAGUCUUGUCGAGCUUAAGGUCUCUGAUGACAGUGCCUUCGACAUGAGUGAGCUAAGCUCAGGCGCUGGCUCCUUGUUCUCCGCCGUAGAUUUCUCAAGCACCUGUUACGAGGACGCACAUGGUGGAGUGUACGAGAUUGUUGCCACUGGUUCUUCAUCGCUACUCGCUAAAUUUCCAGUACACUGUCCUUCAACCGAGGUCUGGAAGGAUGAAGAUACGACAAUCGUAUUUGGUCUCUCAGCUGGCGGAACCUUGUUUGGCUACCGCAAGUCUUCAGAAGACGAGAAGGCUUCAGAGUGUCUGCAGAUCCGCAACUGCACGUCUUUCCUGACUACACCUGCCCAUCUUAUCUUCACUACGACUCAGCAUCUGCUCAAGUUUGUCCAUCUCCAUCAAGGCGAACUGGAGAUCCCUCUGGACGAGCCAGAAAAGGACGAACGUUGUCGUAGUAUCGAGCGUGGUGCGAGACUAGUAGCUGUCAUGCCUACAGCAUUUUCUCUUGUUCUUCAGAUGCCGAGAGGCAACCUGGAGACCAUCUACCCCCGUGCCCUGGUCCUUGCUGGUAUUCGUAGAAGCAUUAGUGCUAAGGACUACAAGACAGCUUUCUUUGCUUGUCGAGGGCAGAGAGUUGACAUGAACAUUCUUCAUGAUUAUGCACCCCAGCAAUUUAUGGCCAACGUUUUGUUGUUCUGCAAGCAGCUGAAGAAAGCCGAACACAUCGAUCUGUUCCUUUCGCAACUAAGGGACGAUGAUGUCGCAGAGACCAUGUACAAGGAGACUCUCAAUGCUCCGAAGUUAGGUCUGCAUGGUGACAGUCCGAGUGAAGAACAGCAGACGACCACUGAACCUCAGAUCUCAAAAAUUAACAGAGUCUGUGAUGCUUUCCUAGACGUCUUGCGCAACCGAACCUCAACCCAUCUUCAAAAUAUCAUCACAGCACACGUUUGCAAGUCACCGCCUGAUCUUGACGCUGGCCUGACUCUGAUUGCGAAACUGCGCGAAGAGCAAUCCGACUUGGUAGAACGCGCGGUCGAACAUAUCUGUUUCCUUGCGGAUGUCAACAAGCUUUACGACCAUGCUCUCGGCCUCUACGAUCUGGAUGUCGCACUACUUAUCGCUCAGCAGUCACAGAAGGACCCUCGAGAGUACCUUCCUUACGUCCAAGGUCUUGGCAAGAUGCAGCCACUCCGAAGACAAUUUACUAUCGACCAUGACUUGAAGAAACACAGCAAGGCUCUUGGUCACCUGUUUACUAUGGACGAGUUUGAUGAGUUCAAGACAUACAUGGCGAAACACGAGCUCUACAGCGACGCCAUGCAUCUCUAUAGAUACCAGACUCAGCGACUGAACGAGAUUAUGAAGCUCAAUGCCGACUAUCUCAACAGCCGAAAUCGCUACAAGGAGGCGGGUAUCGCGUACGAGUAUCUCGGCGAGUACAACCUGGCCUUUGAAGCCUACCGAUCUGGAAACGAGUGGCGCGAGUGUCUUUCGUCGGCCACUCUCGUCCCUCUGCCUGAGGAAGAAAUCAUGGCUGCAGGUGAAGCAUUCGCCGAGGCACUUACAGAGUCGAAAGAGCACUUUGAUGCAGCCACGGUGUACUUGGAUUACUUGAACGAUAUUGAAGGAGCUCUCAAAUGCUUGUGCAAGGGUUACUACUAUGCUGAAGCCAUUCGUGUUGUUGGUCUGAGACGACGCGCAGAGCUGAUCGCAUCCGUCGUUGACCCAGGUCUUGUGGAAGGUUCUGCAACAAUGACAGAGCUGCUCGCAGAAAUGAAGACUCAGCUCAACGCCCAGGUGCCACGACUCAGGGAGCUUAGACAAAAGAAGGAGGAAGAUCCUCUCGCCUUCUUUGGAGGGGUUGCCGCAGAUGGCCCAGACAUCCCGGACAACAUUUCACUCGCGCCCACAGAAGCCACGACUUCAGCCGGCACCUUCAUGACAAGAUAUACAAACCGCAGUACUGGCACUCUUGCGUCCAAUGCGACACGCAAGACGUCGAAGAACCGCCGACGUGAAGAGCGCAAGCGUGCUAGAGGCAAAAAGGGUAGUGUGUACGAGGAGGAGUACAUUGUCAACUCAAUCGGUCGUCUCAUCGAGCGCACAAACAGUGUCAGCGAGGAGGUAACCCGACUCGUUGAGGGACUCAUGAGGAGGGCGAUGAGAGAGCGUGCUGUUGCGGUGGAGAACGCCAUGACUGAGGUUGUAGAGUUGUGCAAGACUUGCGUUCCGGAAGUGUUCCAGGUCAAGCCGACACAGCCACCUAAUCCCGACUCGGGAGAGAUCAAUGGAGAGGAUGAAGCUGGCAGGCCUAUGGCUGGUGGUCAAGCCGUAUUCUUCGACGCUAUGGAGGCGAACCAAGCCAUAAGAGAGCCACCGGUAGUCAAGACCUUCUCCAGGCUAUCAUUACUUGGUUAG